AUGGCGCCGAUAAAGCGCAAGGGGAAUGCCCCCGAAGAAACGGCUGCUCGUCAGCCGCAAAAGCGCGCCAAGGUCGGAGCAGAAGACCGCCAAAAAGACUCCAAGCCCAAGGAUUCCGCUGCGAAAGCUUCGGAGCUCUCUGUUCUGCGUGACGACGAGCCGUCUUUCCCACGUGGUGGCGGUAGCGUUUUGACGCCCUUGGAGCGCAAGCAAAUUCAGAUUCAAGCGAACAGGGAUGUUCUGUUCGAGCAGAAAGGACCGAAAGGACCGAAAAAACCGACCCGUGAAUUUAUCGACGACAACGACGACAACGACGAUGACGACGAAGACGAUGUUGAGAUGGAGGAUGCCGACACAACCACUUCCGCCAAGAAGUCUCGGAAGAAGAAGACAAAAGGCCAGAAGUCUACAGGCAAGGAGUCCUCCGAGAAGGAGGGUGUGCGAAUUGAAGGUCUUAGCUACAAGCGUAUUGUACCUGGCUCUAUGAUUCUUGGUCAGGUUUCUAGCAUCACCGCCCACGACAUUGCCAUCUCUUUGCCCAACAACCUCGUUGGCUAUGCCCCUCUUACCUCCAUCUCUAAGGUCCUUGACGACAAGAUCGAGAAGCUACUGAAUGACGAGAACGACGACGAGGAUGAUGACAGCUCCGAAGAGGAGUCUUUCGACCUGAAGGAGCACUUCUAUCUGGGCCAAUAUCUCCGAACAUAUGUUGUUUCUACCGGCACUGAGGUCACCGAAGCCGGAGGCCGUAGCAAGAAGCGCAUUGAACUGUCCCUCGACCCUCGACAGACAAACACCGGUCUCUCGCAAUCCGAUCUAUUGGUGAACACUGCUGUUCAGGCUGCGGUUGUUAGCGUGGAGGACCACGGCGUGGUCAUGGAUCUCGGCAUCGAAGGCUCCGAGCUGAAGGGCUUCAUGUCCUCCAAGGAGGUCGACCCUCGUGUGGAGUACUCCAACAUCAAGGAAGGCUCAGUCUUCCUCUGCAUGGUCACCGGCAAGAAUGACAGUGGCAACGUAAUCAAGCUCUCCUCCAAACUCCAGUCUGCCGCUUCGAUCAAGCACUCGCACUUCCUUAGCACCGCGUCGACUAUCAACUCCUUCCUCCCCGGUGUUGCCACCGAGAUCCUCUUGACGGAAGUUACGCCAAAUGGUAUGGCCGGAAAGAUUAUGGGAAUGCUCGACACCGUUGUCGAUCUGGUGCAAUCUGGUGCUGACGACGGCAAACUUGACCUGGAGCGCAAAUGGAAGAUGGGAGCCAAGAUUAAGGGUCGUAUCAUCUCGACCUUCCCAAACUCAGAGCCUUUCAAGGUCGGCUUUUCGAUGCUCGAUCACGUUCUCAAGCUUUCUUCCGACACUCGCGGCCCUGGCUCAUCCGACGAAGCACCUGCUGUCUCCGCCAUUAUCCCCGAGGUCACGGUUGUGAAGAUGGACUCUAGUGGUAUGGGCCUGUAUGUCCAGAUUGGCGAAACCAAGCACAUUGGAUUCGUUCACAUCUCCAGGCUUUCGGAUGGCAAGGUUGAAUCCAUCUCGGCCGACUCGGGUGCUUUCAAGGUUGGAUCUACGCACGAAGCCCGUGUUGUUGGAUACAACAUGAUCGAUAACCUUUACCUUCUCUCCUUCGAGAAGUCCGUCAUUGAGCAGCCAUUCCUGCGCCUUGAGGAUGUUACUGUUGGAGCUAUUGUCAAAGGAAAGGUGGAGAAGCUACUGAUCGGUUCUACUGGAAUGGAUGGUUUUAUCGUCAGCCUUGCCGAGGGUAUCACUGGAUUGGUGCCUUCCAUGCACUUUGCGGACACCCAACUCCAGUUCCCCGAGAAGAAAUUCCGAGAGGGACUUAAGAUUUCCGCCAGAAUUCUGUCUGUCAACCUCGAGAAGCGCCAGAUUCGUCUGACUCUGAAGAAGAGUUUGUUGAACAGCGAGUCCCCUAUUUGGAAGGGCUACGAGGAUAUCGUGGCUGGUGCCCAGUCACCUGGUACCAUUGUCAACCUGCAGCCCCACGGCGCUGUUGUUCAAUUCUAUGGUACUAUCCGCGGCUUUCUCCCAGUCUCUGAGAUGAGCGAGGCCUACAUCAAGGACCCGGCCCAACAUUUCCGCAUGGGUCAGGUUGUCAAUGUGCACGCCCUGAGCGUGGACCCCUCCCAGGGCCGGCUUGCGGUUUCGUGCAAAGACCCGUCGACCUUCACCGAGAAGUAUGGCAAGGCCUUCGAAGAGAUCCACCCCGGCUUGCUCGUCACUGGAUCUGUCUUCGAGAAGUCUGCUGAUGAUGUGCUCCUUAAGCUUGAAGACUCUGGUCUUGUGGCCCGUCUCGAUGUUCAGCACAUUAUCGACGGUUCCUCGUCAAAGCAGAGCUCGACUCUGUCUAAGAUUCGUGUUGGCCAGAAGCUGAACGAUCUCCUGGUUCUCGACAUCCAGCGUGCUCACCGCCUCAUCCGCGUUUCCACCAGAGCUAGUCUGAAGAAGGCUGCUAAGCAAGGAAACAUGCCUAGCAAGUUCGAGGAUGUCCAGGAAGGCACUACGGUUACUGGCUUCGUUCGCAACAUUACGCCUGCUGGCCUUUUCAUUGAGUUCCUGGGUGGAUUGACUGGUCUUGUUCCCAAGCGUCUGAUUGAAGAUGCCAACCUUGAACAGCCCCAGUUCGGAGUUUCGAAGGGAUCGAGUAUCACUGUCCGUGUCCACGAGGUUGACACUGACCUCCAGCGAUUCAUCCUGAGCCAGAAGGCCACCGAGACCAGUAAUGCCGCUUCGCAAAAGACAAAGACACCCGUGCAGACUGAUGACGCCCUUGCGAACCCCGUUGAUGACAACCUCAAGACCAUUUCCGAUCUCACCUUUGGCCGGGUCGUCAAGUGCAAGGUUGUCUCCAUCAAGGCCACCCAAGUCAAUGUCCAACUGGCAGACAACAUUCAGGGCCGCAUCGACGUAUCGGAGAUCUUCGACAAGUGGGAGGACCUCAAGGAUCGCAAGCAGCCCCUGCGAUUCUUCAAGGCCAAGCAGGUUCUCGACGCCAGAAUUCUCGGUGUCCACGACGCCCGCAACCACAAGUUCCUCCCCAUCUCCCACCGCAGUGGCAAGUAUCCCGUCUUCGAGCUCUCCUUGAAGCCCAGCUUCGUCACGGCUGCCCACCCCGACCCUCUCAACAUGGAGCAGGUUAAGGUUGGAAGCUCGUGGAUGGGCUUUGUCAACAAUGUGGCCGAUGACUGUCUCUGGAUCAACCUGUCCCCCAAUGUGCGCGGCAGACUGCGCUUCAUGGAUGCUUCGGAUGAUCUGUCUCUCCUGACUGAUGUUGAGAAGAACUUCCCCAUUGGAUCUGCCCUGAAGGUCCAGGUCACCGCCGUCGAUUCGGACAAGGGCCACCUCGAUCUCUCCGCUAAACAGGGCUUCGACAAGCUCUCUUUCGGAGACAUCUCCGCCGGCAUGAUCCUGCCCGGCCGCGUGACCAAGAUCACCGAGAAGCAGAUCAUCAUGCAGCUCGGCGAGGCGCUCGUUGGUGCAGUCAACCUGAUCGACAUGGCUGACGAUUAUUCCAAAGCCAACCCGACUGUCUACCGCAAGAACGAGGUUCUGCGUGCGUACGUCAUUGCCGUGGACAAGGCCAACAAGAAGAUCUCCCUGUCGCUCCGUCCCUCCAAGGUUAUGAGCUCCUCGCUUCCCGUGCAAGACCGCGAGAUUUCCUCCCUGAAGGACGUCAAGCCUAACGACGUCGUUCGUGGUUUCAUCAAGCGCAUUACUGACGCCGGUCUCUUCGUGGCUGUCGGCCACGAUGUUACUGCCUACGUGCGUGUCUCUGAUCUGUCGGAUUCCUACCUCAAGGAGUGGAAGGACUCAUUCCAGACCGACCAACUGGUCAAGGGCCGCGUCACCCUGGUUGACCCUGAGCAAGGCAAGCUGCAGAUGAGCCUGAAAGACUCUGUCCUGGACCCCAACUUCAAGGCCCCGAUCAUCCUUCGGGAUCUCGAGGUGGGCCAAAUUGUGACCGGUAAGGUUCGCAAGGUCGAAGAAUUCGGUGCCUUCAUUGUUAUCGAUCGCUCUGCCAAUGUUAGCGGUCUUUGCCAUCGUAGUGAGAUGGCCGAGAAGCGGGUGGAGGAUGCGCGCACUUUGUACGACGAGGGCGAUGCUGUCAAGGCUAAGAUCAUCAAGAUCGAUUCCAAGACUGGCAAGAUCUCGUUCUCGCUCAAGGCGUCCCACUUCCAGGAUGAGGCGGAUGAGGAGAGUGAGGACGAGGAGAUGAGUGAUGGUGGCGCUGGCGGUGUCGCACUCGAUGGAGAUGACAGCGCUGAUGAGGACGACGAUGACGUCUCCAUGGGCGGCGUCGAGGUCGACGAUGCCAGCGAAGAAGAGGAUGGGGACAGUGAUGAGGAGGUCAUCAAGGGUGCCUCCAAGGACGGUGGCCUCGGCGCCAGUGGUUUCGACUGGAGCGGCAACGCCCACGUUGACGAGGACAAGGCCGCAGACUCGGACAGCGACGAGGACGAGGACCAGAAAAAGAAGAAGAAGAAGAAGAAGGGCAAGCCCGAGAUCCAGGUUGACCGCACUGGCGAGUUGGAUGCAAACGGCCCUCAGACCGUCGCUGACUACGAGCGACUGCUACUGGGCGAGCCCGACUCCUCGCUGCUGUGGCUGCAGUACAUGGCGUUCCAGCUGGAGCUGGGCGAAGUCGAAAAGGCCCGGAAUAUUGCUGAGCGUGCUCUGCGCAGCAUCACAAUGGGCCAGGAUGCCGAGAAGCUGAAUAUCUGGGUGGCCCUGCUGAACUUGGAGAACACAUACGGCAACGACGACAGCCUUGAAGAGGUGUUCAAGCGGGCGUGCCAGUACAACGACCCGCAGGAGAUGUACGAGCGGAUGAUCAGCAUCUACAUCCAGUCCGCCAAGAACGAGAAAGCGGAUGACCUCUUCCGCACGGCCAUGAAGAAGAAGAUCUCCACCCAGUCACCCAAGUUCUUCCUCAACUACGCCAGCUUCCUCUUCGACACGAUGGCUGCCCCCGACCGUGGCCGGGGUCUGCUUCCGCGUGCCCUGCAGUCUCUCCCGGCGCACACGCACGUCGAGACGACCUCCAAGUUCGGGCAGCUGGAGUUCCGGUCCGCCAAUGGCGACGUGGAGCGCGGUCGCACCGUCUUCGAGGGCCUGCUGUCCUCGUUCCCCAAGCGCCUCGACCUGUGGAACGUGCUGAUCGACCUGGAGAUGAAGGUCGGCGAUGCGCAGCAGGUGCGCCGCCUGUUCGAGCGGGUGCUCGGCCUGCAACACAAGAAGGGUGUUGUCAGCGUGGACGCCAGCAAGAAGGUCAAGCCCAAGCAGGCGCGGUUCCUGUUUAAAAAGUGGCUGGCCUUUGAGGAGAAGCUGGCGGCGGCGGAGGGUGGGGAUGAGAAGAUGGUGGAGGAGACCAAGGCGCGGGCGGCGGCGUACGUCAAGGCUCUGCAGGAGGAGGAGUAG